UCCUCUGCUGUGUAAUGUUCGUGCUUCAGCUUGCUUGUCUGAGCGCCAGUGAUACGGAGCAUGAACAACGCGUCGUCUCUCAAGGUGUAAGAUCAGAAAGAAAUCAUGGAAUUGAUGAAGCUAACAGGAUUAUUGGUGGAAACACUGCAAAUAUAGAAGAUUUUCCCUAUCAGCUUUCUCUUGAAAUUUCUGGUGCUCAAAUCUGUGGUGCUGCUAUACUGAGUGACAUAUGGGUCAUUACUGCAGCUCACUGUGUAGCAAGGUGCAGAGUUCUUCAAUGUAAAGAAGGAGCUUCACAGGAACGCAAUGCAGCCAUGUCCUUUUUGGGUCUUAUAAUGAACAACCCAAUUUUUGGACUUAUAAAAAGUAGAUCAGGACCUGAUCUUAUACUGAGAGCUGGAACUUCAUUGAGGGGUGAUGGUGGUUCCACACAUCAUCCACAGAUGGUUAUCACUCAUCGAGAUUACUCUCCUGUUACACAAGACAAUGAUAUUGCUCUCAUAAAGGUGGAUCCCCCAUUUAACCUGAGCACGACAGUCCAACCAGCACAUCUUCCAGUCAGUGGAAGAGAACCACACCAAGGAUCCAGUGCAACUGUUACUGGCUGGGGAGUGACUAGAGAGGGUUCCCGGAGUGGCUCCAAAUUUCUGCAGCAAGCAAAACUGUAUAUACUUCCUAGAAAUGAGUGUUUAAAAACAUAUCCACAGUUCACAAAGACAAUGUUAUGUGCAGGAGAUCGCAGUGGAGGACAUGACUCCUGUCAGGGAGAUUCUGGUGGGCCACUGACAGUAAACGGCACCUUGGUUGGACUUGUUUCUUUUGGGCGAGGAUGUGGCAGACCAGGGAUCCCUGGUGUUUAUUCAAAUGUUGCAUCCCUGCGAAACUGGAUUGGCAAAAAUACAGGACUUUAAAACAUUAUAAUGCCAUGUUUUUCAGUAAUAUAAUAAUAUUUACACAAUAUAUCAGCUUCUUAUGGUGGUUACUGUAAUUAUGAGGGGAUAAUAGUUUUUCCAACAGAUGCUAAAAUGUCUCUGUAAUU